CCUGGGGCUACAUCUGCUGAGGGCCUCUGCACAGCUGCAUGAUUAGGUGAGCAUCCCCAGUGGGGCUAGACUCAUCCUUGUGUUUUGAAACAUGCAUCCUUUUGCCUUCCUGACUGCACUUUGCUUGGGAAUAGUUUCAGCUACUAUAGAGCUUGAUCAAAGUUUAGAUGAACAGUGGAUCCAGUGGAAGGAGACACAUGGGAAGGAAUAUGGCAUGGUUGAAGAAUGCAGAAGAGCCGUGUGGGAGAAGAAUAUGAAAAUGAUUAUACAGCACAAUCAGGAAUACUAUCAAGGGAAACACCGCUUUUUGAUGGCAAUGAAUGGCUUUGGUGACAUGACCAAUGAAGAAUUCAGGCACAUGAUGAUUGGUCUUAAAACGCAGAAGAGUGAGAAUGGGGAAGUGCUUAAAGUCCCCUUCUGUGCUGGCACCUCUGUACCUGUCGAGAGAAAACAGACGUCCACUGUAAGUCCUGGUCGGUGUGCUUCUGGCUGGGCUUUUAGUGCAGCUGGUGCCCUUGAAGUACAGAUGUUCCGGAAAACUGGCAAACGUGUUUCCUUGAGUGUGCAGAACCUCCUGGACUGCUCUUGGCCUCAAGGCAAUGAGGGCUGCAAUGGUGGUCUAAUGAGUAAUGCCUUCCAGUAUGUUAAGGACAACGGAGGCCUGGACACAGAGGAAUCCUAUCCAUAUGUUGCAAGAGAUGGACCCUGCAAAUACAGGCCUGAGCAUUCUGCUGCCAAUAUCACUGCCUUUCACACAAUCCCUCAGCGGGAGAAGAUCCUUAUGAUGAUACUACGAAAGGUGGGGCCCGUCUCUGCGACUAUUGAUGCAAGCCUGGAUACCUUCCGGUUCUAUAAACGAGGCAUUUAUUACGAUCCAAAGUGCAGCAGUGAAGACCUGAAUCACGGUGUUCUGGUGGUUGGCUAUGGCUUUCAAGGAAAAGAAUCCGAUAACCAAAAAUAUUGGUUUGUCAAGAACAGCUGGGGCACUGACUGGGGCAUGGAUGGCUACAUAAAAAUGGCCAAAGACCGGGACAACCACUGUGGAAUCACCACCAAGGCCAGCUUUCCUAUCGUGUGAGACGAUGGUGAUGAAGAAGGCCUUGACUGGCAACAGAAUAUCCAGGAAAUGGAUUUUAUUGUAGAGUUGAUCACAUCUUAUUGUGGGG